CGCUCCUCUGUCCGCCACGUGGCACCGCGUUUUCUAUCUCUAUCUCGACGGCGUUUACCAGUCUCUCUCUAUCUCUCAAGCUCACAUUUCAUUUCCCUUCCCGGCCCCUUUACCACGAUUCCCUUCGUCUUCUUUGGUCAGCCAUUUUUUUUACCCAGAUAUUGAUUCACCGCACAACCUUCUUCAUCCCAACAAGAAUUUCUCGGCCAAUUGACGGCAAAGGAAAGGGGCAAUCGCUGCGUAGUUGUUUCUCUGGUCGGAAUUCUUCACGGAGCUUUCUUCAUCUGCCUUUUGGUGGUGUUUGGUGCUUGAAAAGGGUUAUUAUUUAGGGUUUAGAUGGAUUUGGCUCUCGAUGCAUCACUUGCCUCGAUUCUUCUCUCCUAACAAGAGCACCAGCCCCAUGGAUCCCAAGAAACGGAGGAGACCCAAGCUGGAGCGCCGUAAUGCCGCCAAGAAUAUUGACUACGACGCCACUUCCUUUACUUCUUCUCUGGACGACGACUCGUCGUCCCUAGUCACGCGCUCGCUUGAUUUGCAGGAUCGGACCAGUUUCCGGAUUGAAGGGACCGAUGGCGAGUUCGACCGGAUUUGUCGAAGCCUUGGCCUCACUGGGCCCGAGGAUUUUGCUAUUCCAGCCGCUGCUUGGGAGGCCAUGAAGUUGAGGUCCGCCUCCGACCUUCUGCCCCGGUCUAGAUUUCACGAGAACGACGGCUCUAAGGUUGAUGAUAUUGCUAAUGGGACGGAGCAGCCGGAUGUGAGCGCGCUAUGCGUUGGCCUCUCAGAUAGGGUUACAAUUACGGACGGUGCCUCUGGCUUUGCUAGGGAAGACCCAGCGGAAUCAGCCGAGUUGAACGGGUAUUGCAGCGCUACCGGUGGAGUAGUGGGAGGAAUCAAGGGCGUUCGUCCGCCUCUUCUGAGGCCGCCGCCGGCAAUGACCUUGCCACCUAUAACCGCUAUGGGAUCAGCGUGGGAUAUGUUGAGGGAUUUCGGCCCGGAAAAUGGGAGAAGAGACUUCACUUCCGACGACGAGGAAAGGGACGAAGUAGAGGAAGGUAUGGGCUCCUCCAGGGAACGGAAGGGAGGAGAAGGAGUGAGUUUGUUUAGAAUUGGGGAAACUGCUGUCUUGUCCGAGUCUUGCUCGUUUACCACCUCAAAUGAUGACGAUUCUUCGAGCUCUACCACGGAACCAAUGUCAAAUAUCUCCCCCAACGGGAGAUUCAGAAGGAUUAUUAUCUCCGACUGGAUAAAAGGAGAGCUUCUGGGGCGUGGAUCGUUUGGGUCGGUGUAUGAGGGAAUGUCUCAUGAUGGGUUCUUUUUUGCUAUAAAAGAGGUUUCUUUGCUUGAUCAAGGCAGUCAGGGAAGGCAAAGCAUAUAUCAACUUGAGCAGGAGAUUGCUCUUUUAAGUCAAUUUGAGCAUGAGAACAUUGUUCAGUACUAUGGCACAGACAAGGACGAAUCAAACCUCUACAUCUUUCUCGAGCUGGUGACUAAAGGUUCCCUUUUAAAUCUUUAUCAGAGAUAUCAUCUUCGAGAUUCCCAGGUUUGCGCUUACACAAGGCAAAUUCUUCACGGUUUGAAGUAUCUUCAUGACCGCGACGUGGUUCACAGGGAUAUCAAGUGCGCAAACAUAUUAGUAGAUGCAAGUGGAUCUGUGAAACUUGCGGAUUUUGGGCUGGCGAAGGCCACUAAACUGAAUGAUGUCAAAUCAUGCAAGGGGACUGCAUUUUGGAUGGCUCCAGAGGUUGUCAACCGGAAAAACCAAGGAUAUGGGCUUCCAGCUGAUAUUUGGAGCCUCGGGUGCACCGUUCUGGAGAUGUUGACUCAAAAGAUUCCAUAUUCUGAUCUGGAAUGUGUAUGUGCUAGCCAUUAUUUUUGGUGUUUUAAGAUUAUGCAUUUUGACUGGAAUCGAGUAUGGCCUGUUGAAUCUCAACAAGUUGGGGUUCUGUCAAAACAGUUCACUUCUUAUUAUUUAUUAUAGUAGUUGACAAUGGUUUAUGGUUCUAGCAGAUGCAGGCAUUGUUCAGGAUUGGCAGAGGCGUGCCUCCGACUGUUCCUGAUUCUCUCUCUAGAGAUGCAAGGGAUUUUAUCCUACAAUGCCUCCAAGUCAAUCCAGAUGAUCGGCCUACAGCUGCUCAGCUCUUGGACCAUCCUUUUGUGCAGCGCCCGCUUGCAACAUCCUCAGGCUCUGCAUCCCCUCAUCUUCGGAGACGCUUUUAGAAGGCCUUUGAUCAAAAGCUUCACUUUAUCGUGGUUGACUGGUCGGUCUGGUUCUUGUUUUGGUAGUCGAAGAUGACUACUGCCUCCAGAAGUCACUGGACGGACGUUGGCUCUGAUCUGUGCAAAUGUGUUGGUGCAUCUGAAUGAAUCUUCUUCGGCUAGCUUUUUUGGGUUUCCUCUUUGGCUGUUGUAUGAGUUUGCUGUUUUGUCGUGGGAGAAUACAAGUUUGUCUUCCAAACAUGGCAUAGCUGCAAGUCCUCUAAUUGCCAUUUAUUUAAUCUCUGUGUUGUUAUGAUUGCUUGUUAAGAUUCUUGUAGGAGUUGUAAGACCAAGGGACAUGCAGGCAGACAGACAGACGGUAGCAUUUUUUGUAUAUAAUCACCAAACGGUAGCCUUUACUCUACUGUUUUCCUUCUUUUUGUGUGUGUGCGCGAGGACUAUGCUCAGAUUCAUAUUACAAAGUUGAUUUUGAGGGUUUUCGUUCCCAGGAUUGGGUCUUCUGAGAUUCGCAUUUCUAGGUUG